ACAUUUCUACGCCGAAGAAGAAUUUUCGCGCGAAAUGCUGUCAGUGUUUGUUUGAAGCUGAUUUCUGUAGGUCUUCUGUGGAAACUAGCUUUGAAGUAAAACAGUAACAAUAGACGGAUCACCAUCACCUACGAUCCGAAGUGUUUUUGUAUUUUUUCCUGGUUGCUGCGGAGCUGAAAGGAAGGAAGCGGGAUGAAAUAUUUCACCAGACUGAGAGUCAAACGAAUUUAUCAAUGGGGAGGAAGACCACGGAGUUUCGACAGGAAGCUUAAAACAUAUGAAUAUGACUCUUUGGCCAUCAGUGUGGAGGGUCUCCCGAGGACCACGGUCAUCAAAGCCGGCCAGCACAUCCUGAUCGAGGGCGACGAUGACGACAACCCAUAUGUAGCUAAAGUAGUCCGGCUGUUCGGUGACGAGAACGGGGAGCAGAAGAAGGCUCUGGUUCAGUGGUUUGUGCGGGUUUCUGAAGUGCCUCAGAGCAAGCUGACGCUGCUGGGUAGACCGCCUCACCCACAGGAGAUCUUCUUCUAUCAGGGACGCAGCUGUGACGACGAGGUCAACGCUGAGUCCAUCAUCAGACCUGUGCAGGUGAAGCACCUGGCCCCCGCCACUCCGUUUCCCGACUCCGACGACACAGAAACUCUGUACGUGAAGUUCUCCUGGGACUCAAAGACCUUCAGGGAGGUGGACUCUGCUCUGAUGGACUCUGAACUGCUCCCCCCCCCCUCCCGUUCUAAACCCUCACUCCCCCCCUCACCCCCUUGCUCCCCCCCUGCAGCCACGCCUGCUUCCAGAGCUCCGCCUCUUCGCGCCCUACCCACGCCGGACCCCACCAUUAUGCGGCGGGUCGCCUUGGGGGAGGCAACACACAGUCGGGUUGUCAGGAGCGCCAGUAAAGCUGCCGUUGCCAUGGAAGCGGAGUCGCUUCACUCUGCGUCCAAACUGUCGGCUUCAAAACUCCUCAGCGCCAAGAGGAGGAGCGCGGCGGCGGGAAUGCCGGGGGUCCGCAAGAAGCUGGAGCUCUGUGAUCCAGAGAAGACGGACGGAGAGGACGUCCUGAUCCAUCUGCUUCAGGAGGACCUGGAGAAGGAGGUGACGCUGGCUCGCCGACUGCCGUCCUCCCCCCCUUGUUCUCCGACCUUCGCCCACAGCCUCACCCCCCUCAGAAAGGCCAACAGAGCCCCCGCCGCUCAGGACACCAUCCCCCUGAAGUCGUCUGCCAUCGUCCUCCAUAAAAUGUCCCUCGACGAGGCGCAGAGUCCUCCAUCGUCUGCCAGGGACGACUCCAGCAGUCCUCGGCAGGCGGAGGAGACGGAGGUGGGUUUGAUGCUGGAUGCAGUCAGAACGCCGCGGAGACGAAGUACCACCCCGAUGAAAAACCGCUCCACCCGGGCAAAGACAGCUGCCACGCCUUCCCGGAGGAAAGACCAGAGACCGGGGAAGGAGCCAGCUCUGGGCGUCCUAGCCGAGGCGGACGAUGAGACCUCCUCCCCGAUGCCGGUCGCUGCCACGCCGAGGAGCUCCAGGAGGAAGUCGGCCCUGAAGGUGUCGUCUCGCAUCAGGGAGCAGCUGAACCUUCUGGACGACCAGCUGGACUUCAACGCUGACGAAGACGACGAGGAUGAUUUCGUUCCAUCCAAAAAGGAGCUGCAAAGCAGCAGUGAGGAGGAAGAGGAUGCAGAGGACGAGGAAGAAGAGGCGGGGCUGGAUAGUGACGAUGAGGUGGUGGUGAAGAAGAGCCGACGGGCCGCCGACGGGUGUCACACGCCUCGGGCCAAACACAAAACCCGUCCUUCGACCAGGACACCGAGGAAGACUCCCAGCAGGAAGAGCGGGCCGAGCACGCCGCGGACCCCCCGCACUGCCACGCCCAGCAUCCCCUGCAGGACGAGGCCGGCCCGACAACCCGCCAACGUCCUGGAGGAGGCCAGAACCAGGCUUCAUGUGUCCUCGGUGCCGGAGUCUCUGCCCUGCAGGGAGCAGGAGUUCCAGGACAUCUACAGCUUUGUGGAGAGCAAGAUCACCGACGGCACGGGCGGGUGCAUGUACAUCUCAGGUGUACCUGGAACAGGUAAAACCGCCACGGUCCACGAGGUGAUGCGCUGUCUGCAGCACGCGGCUGACGUGGAUGAGAUCCCGCCGUUCAGCUUCAUCGAGAUCAACGGGAUGAAGAUGACGGACCCUCAUCAGGCCUACGUCCAGAUCCUGCAGAAGCUGACGGGUCAGAAAGCCACAGCCGACCACGCUGCAGCGCUGCUGGAGAAGAGAUUCAGCAACCCGGCGCCCAGGAAGGAGAGCACCGUGCUGCUGGUGGACGAGCUGGACCUGCUGUGGACCAGGAAGCAGAACGUGAUGUACAACCUGUUCGACUGGCCGACGCGGCGCCACGCCCGCCUGGUGGUUCUGACCAUCGCCAACACCAUGGACCUGCCGGAGAGGAUCAUGAUCAACCGGGUGGCCAGCAGGCUGGGUCUGACCCGGAUGUCCUUCCAGCCGUACAGCUUCAAGCAGCUGCAGCAGAUCAUCACGUCGCGCCUCAACAAGGUGAAGGCCUUCGAGGAGGACGCGCUGCAGCUGGUCUCCAGGAAGGUGGCGGCUCUGUCAGGUGACGCUCGCCGAUGUUUGGACAUCUGUCGCCGGGCAACGGAGAUCUGUGAGCAAUCCUUCACCGAGCCUUCUGCCACAGGAUUGGUGGGGAUGAGUCACGUGAUGGAGGCGCUGAACGAGAUGUUUUCCUCCGCCUACAUCAUCGCCAUCAAGUGUGCGUCGACGCAGGAGCAGCUCUUCCUGCGGGCCGUCAUCGCAGAGUUUCGGCGCCUGGGGUUGGAGGAGGCCACCUUCCAACAGGUGUUUGUGCAGCACCAGGCUCUGUGUCGGGUGGAGGGUCUGCAGCCCGUCUGCGUGUCGGAGGGCCUGGCGGUGGCUCAGCGGCUGGGAGCCUGCAGACUGCUGCUGCUGGAGCCUAGUCGCCUGGGGGUCCUGCAGCGCGUCCGCCUCAACGUCAGCCAGGACGACGUCCUGUUCGCCCUGAAGGCCGACUGAAGAGGAGCCGGGGUCAGACUCCGAGUCCGGGACUGAGUUGUGAUGAAGAUGAGAGCAGCCAGCAUAUUUUACUCCAGAGGUUUCAAUGAAUCAGGUUUUAAAGACCCGGUUUUAUCUGAAAUGUGACGUUUUGUUGCUUCUUAUUUUGUUUUAAUGUCAUUUUUGUAUUUCUGUGUUAAAAUAUUCAAUAAAACAUCUUCAGUAUGAA